AGUCGACUAGCAUACGAAUACAAUGUUUAAGACAAUAUUUCUUGUGUGUUUAUCUUUUUAUGUUGUACUCGCAAAGCACGAGCAAUAUGAAGGUUACGCAGUAUACGAUGUAACCGUCACGACAAAGGAGGAAGGGAUAUUCCUAAACGAUCUAGAAGAACAAAUUCACAUCGACAUUUUAUCUCAUGUUGCACCAGGAAGAUCAGGUCAAGUCCUCGUACCAAAAGACCAGCGAGAGCAAUUCCAAGACUUACUUACUGAUUCCGGCAUUGAAUUCAAAAUUGUAACUGAAAAUGUUGUUGAAGAACUGUUGCUUGAAGAUGAAAAGCUAGCCGCUGCAUCGAAAACGAGCAACAAAUCCAGUUCCAGAAUUGGACUCUCUUUUGACACUAUUCAUAGAUACAGUGUUGUCGAUCAGUAUCUAGUAGAUUUAGCAGCAGCGUAUCCUAAUAUUGUCACCGUGGUAUCAGGUGGAAACAGUUUCGAAGGUAGAGAUAUCAAAUACUUGAAGAUUUCUACAACUAAUUUCCAGGAUAGAAGUAAGCCCAUCGUGUACAUUCAAUCACUUCUACAUGCCCGUGAAUGGAUCACACUCCCUGCAACCUUGUACGCUAUUGAGAAGCUCGUCAUCGAUGUAGUGGAACAGGAUCUGCAGCAAGAUAUUGACUGGAUCAUCGUGCCUAUUGCUAACCCUGAUGGAUAUGAAUUUGCUCACACCAACACUAGGUUCUGGAGAAAGAAUCGGGCUACAGGUUACUCAGUUGGAGAUACUUGCAUCGGUGUUGACCUUAAUCGCAACUUCGAUAUCCUCUGGGGCACAGCUUCCAGCAGCAACGUCUGUUCUGAAACCUUCCACGGCAGAGGACCUGCAUCGGAACCAGAAAUCGUUGCACUUCAGAGUAUUGCUGGUCAAGACGCAAAUCGUGUUGAACUCUUCCUCGAUAUCCAUAGUUACGGUAGCAUGAUCUUAUUUGGUUGGGGAACUGGUGCUUUACCGCCAAAUGCUCUUGUUAUUAAUUAUGUUGGAGUUCUUAUGGCCCAAGCUAUAGAUAGAGUGAAAUGGCAAUCAAAUAUUAAUUAUAUUGUGGGUAAUACUUUCCACGUGCUGUAUGCGGCCUCUGGUAGUGCUGGUGAUUACGGUUUAGCGAUUGGAUCACCUCUGUCAUAUACUUAUGAGUUACCAGCUUACAGAAACAGCGGCGGUUUGAACGGUUUCCUUGUAGACCCUGAUUUCAUUGAGCAGGCUGGAUUUGAAACUUGGGAAGGUAUUAAGGAAGGAGCUAGAUUUGCACGAGAUAAUUAUAGAAGAAGACACGGUUAUUCUAAUUAAUUCAUUAAAUUAUUAAGUAAUAAAUUUGCUAUGUAUUAGAAUAAUAAAAUACUCUG